AUGUAUGAGGGCAAAGGACAAGAACCUGCUAGACAUGUCAGGUGGAUCAAAGAAGAAUACGGACAUAAACGACCUGAGGAAGACGAUGAAUUUUUUUAUGAUGAUACUGACGGUCACCAAAGCUCCAUAAACACUAAAUCAGCGGAAAUACCAGAUAGAAAGUCACCACAAAAAGCACCAGAGUAUAAGUCCAGAAGUCCAUUGGUCAGUAUUAAAGAAGAAUAUGAAGACGUUAAAAUCGUACCUCAAUCACCGGGUCAAAUAAGCAUAUCAAAAUAUAGGAAGUCUUCCGAGAAAGAUUUACCUAACAUUGAUAUUGAACAAAUAAAUCCUGAUGAAAUUGAAAUAAAAGAAGGUGAAGUUUAUGGAGAGGAUAGCCGAGAUUUUCAAACUACAACAACGUCAACUGCAAGUAAGCCCAAAAAUUCCCAAAAAGAUGAAGGGAUCAAUCCAAGUCAUCAGUUCUCUAGGGAAGAAAUUGAUAAGUAUUUAGCAACAUAUUAUACAUCAUCCAAGGCAAAUGAUAUAACCCAACCGGUUGUCGAGAGCGGUUUCAAACCAAUAAGACCAAAAAAUAAAAAUAUAAUCACACAGCCCAUGAUUCCAAAUACAUUCGAGUCUAAUAAAAGACCACACACAACUCCUGGCUUAGGACAAUUUUCUAGCAAAAGUAAUUACGGCGCUAAGUUUAGUUCCAGAAUUCCCAAAACCAAUUAUAGACAUUCUUUUUGGCCCAUUCCAAGCCAUCCAUAUGCAAAAGAUAUGCAAAAAACUGAGCUCACCCGCCUCUAUAGGAGGUCUUCAAAUAAUGGAUACACGAGGUAUGCCAAACAACUUCUAACCCUGAUUAGUAUACUUUGUACGGCAAGAGCGGGCUUACUAUCCCCUGCCCCAGCUCUAAAUUAUGGAUACGCACAUGGACCUCUGCUCGCUCCUGCACUUGCACCAGCUCUGCCUGCACUAUCAGCUCUUCACGGUUUGCCGUCCUUAGGACCUACACUUCUUAAGCCUGCAUAUGCUGCACCUGCGGGUUAUGCUGCUCCAGCUUAUGCUGCGCCAGCUUAUGCUCAUGCACCUGCAUUAGUGAAGGCAGCACCGGCAGUAGACUAUGUGGCUUAUCCCAAAUACGAAUUUAAAUAUGGAGUAGCUGAUGGGCAUACAGGUGACCAAAAAACUCAAUCUGAAAUAAGAGAUGGCGAUGUGGUUAAAGGACAAUAUUCUUUGGUGGAAGCCGACGGUACAACUGGACAUGCCUCUCAUCCGCCUACACCCAUCGCUGUAGGACACAAAGUAAUUGCAGCACCGGCCAUUGCUCACAGUGCGUAUGCUGCGCCAGCUGCUUACGCAUCACAAGUUUCUUAUGGGUCUCCCGCCUUAGCAUCUCCUUAUGGAUACCUCAAAGGCUAA